AUGGUCUUCAUCCACGGCGGCGGCCUCACGUCCGGCGCGGCGACGACCUACGACUUCAAGGAUUUAGCGACCCAGGGCGACCUCGUCGUCGUGUCCAUCCAGUACCGCCUCUCGUCGAUGGGCUGGCUCGCGGUGCCCGGAGCGGUCGCCGCGAACAACGCGGGCCUGUGGGACCAGAUCGCGGCGCUCCGCUGGGUCCACGACCACAUCGCCGGCUUCGGCGGCGACGCGGCCCGCGUGACCAUCUUCGGCCAGAGCGCCGGCGGCACGUCCGUGCUGCUGCUCGCGUCGUCGCCGCCGGCGAAGGGCCUCUUCGCGCGCGCGAUCGCCGAGAGC